CUCUGUUAUCAGAGCAGUCAGGGAACCAUCUAAGAAGCAGGCUGGCGAGACGUUUUCGGGUGGAUUAGAUUUCAAUGGAGCAUUCUCUCCCUAUGUUAAUGCAUCUGUAAAUGAAUCAAGAGGUCACGAUGCUCAUGUUAUGAGAUCAAAUCAAAAUGAAGAAUCUCAAGUGCUUAAAACUUCAGUUAGAUUUGCUGACGUUGAAAAUUUUGAAAGAGUAUCAAGUAAAAUAGAGGAAGAUGUUGCAGGAAUUGCUAUUGAAAAAGUUUUGUCAGAGGUUGUUGCUGAUAUAAAUGUCCAAGAGGUUGCUGAUGUGAAUACAGUUGGGGCGCAACCUUAUGAUGCAACAGAGGAUUGUCAAAAACCUUUGCAUACUCUUGAUGAUUUUAUUUUUCUUGAUGAAGAUCUUUCUCAGAUCAAUAAGACCGAAGAAUCUUAUCUAAAGAAAAGAGCCCCUGUUGAUCAAAACAAAAAGAAAGUGACACCGAAGAAACGUGGCAGAAAGAAAAAUCCAGGAAAGUUAAUAACAUCUCCCUACACACAACAUUUCGAAUCUGGAGGAACUUUAUGUGUAACACGUCAGUUUUUUGAGACAAAACAUCCUUUUUCAUAUGCAACUGGAGGAGAUAAUGAAUCAGAUUUGAUCGAUUCAUUCAUUAAGUGGCUUUAUAUGGGUACAAAGAAGAGGGGAAAGAAACCUUAUACAGAUGCUCUUAAUGUUAUCAGUCCAGCAUUUGAAUUAGGUAUUUGUAAUGUAGCAGAAAGACACUGGUUUUUCAAAUUGGCACAUUCUGGACAAGAAUGGUGUGAUGAGCAUAUUGAUGUCAUUUUCUAUUAUCUAAGAAAGAAAGGAAAAUAUGAAGUCAACAGUAAUGUUCGAUUUACGACUACUGAUUGUGUGUUCAAGACGAAAAUUACUACUUCUUUCUUUCAACUUUGUGAUGCUCAUGAGAAUAAGAAGAACUAUAAAGUAAAAGAUUCUGAUGAUAUUGCCCGGUAUAUAUGUGGACAUCGUUUGUUGGCAAGCACUUCGUGGGAUAAAGUGGAUUAUAUUCUUUUUCCACUAAACAUUAAAGAGGGUUGUCAUUGGAUUCUUGUCGUGUUUGAUAUUGUGCAAAGGUCUUUGGAGGUAUAUGAUUCAUUUCCGGCAAGGGGUGGGGUGAAUUUUGAGGUUAAAAAUAUUGUUGAGAUGCUUUCAAUUGUUUUACCAUAUUACCUGAGUGUGGUCAAGUUCUAUGAUAAGCGUCCUGAAUUGAAGGCAACACCGAAAUACAGUGGGAUAGAUGAGUUCGAGAAAAUUGAGUUUCACUUCAUAACUAAAGGUGUUCCCAGACAACAAGAUGACUCGCUGGACUGUGGAGUUUUCGUUGCUGCAUUUGCGGAGUUUGUAAGUAAUGGCCAACAUAUUCUAAAUCAACAAGUAAAGGCAGACAUUCUCCGAAAGAGAUUUGGAGCUAUAUUAUGGGAAUAUGCAAGAAGGAAGCAAGCGAGUGACCUUCAAAGUGAAGACGAAAGAUCAGAAAGAUAAAGAAAUAUAGUUAUAUUAGUUAGUAUCACUGU